UAUUCUGUUGUGGUACAGGAUCAUGGCAAGUGGAGAUGGAAGAGACCUGUUGGACCACUUCAUCUCCAAGUGGCCUGUGCUGGAGGGACUGUCCGCUGCUACCAGGUUUAUCCUAGGACAGAGAAAUGGGUGGAGGCUUUCUUCCUGCUUUGGCAAAGCUGAAACUGAUGCUGAAAAGGCAGAUAUGGUCACUGGGAGAGAUGUGGAGAAAAGCAUGCUCUGUUGGGGUUGCCUAGGAAUAUAAUUUCUGCAAGCUACAGCACCACCUUCCGUCCGAAGUUGGGCUUUGGUGUGAAUCGACAGAGGAAGCCAAAAAGUUUUCUUGAAGAGAUCCACCCAGCGUGCCUUGUGUUGAAGCUUUAAAUCAAUGGGAAUAGGCCAGAAGGAAAUAAAAGCAGCUCACAAUGUGACAAGGAGUGGUGUCUGGGAAAGGACCAAGUGUAGCAGCUGAUAAAGAUAUCUCUUUUUUGCCAUGUCAGCUGACAGCCACCAGCUCCACACUCAUUCCUACCAGGAUGCACUGAGUUCUACUUGUCACGGUCUCUUGAGUGUCAACAGUCACCCCCUGUCGAAGAGCUCCUCAAGUUUGGCCUGUACUGGGCAAACAGGUUUAGAGGAAAGGCAAAGCAACAAACAGGAGCUGAAGAAAAGCCACAGUAGCACCAUCUGCUAUAGCCCGGGAAAUGAGAGUGAUGCCAGGAGUGCACCGAGUGCUGGAUGGUCCUUCUCGCAGUCUGGGAUGGUGGGACUUGGACCAGUGGUCCAAACCAUAAGCAAUCAGUCACCCGAUGGCAAUUCACAGAGCAGAACCAAGACUACAAACCAUUUUCUUACCACAGAAGAGUCCCCAGCAUCCUGGGAACUGGGGGGUGCUAGGAUGUGUGUAAAGAGCAGCACUGUUGAGAAUGUUUCUUCAGCCUGCAUUGUACACCAGCAAAACAUGUGUGAAAUGGAAGAACCAGGAAUUGCCCUUCAGAGAAGCCACUCAGACCUAACUUGCAGUUGCAGACAGCAGACUUAUGUCACUCACAUAGAAACCAGUUCUACGCACUCCAGCCUGAGCUCUUCCAGCUGCUGGCAUGGUCCACCAGUGACUAGGAUGUCUUUCCAAACACAGAGAUAUGGAUCAGAAACAAAUGAAAAUACAUCUCACUACCAAGACCUUGUGACUCAUCUUCCAGUUCUACCUAGAGACCAAAAAGUACCCACAAAUAGCUUCGACAGCGGUGGUAUUCCACGCAACACUACUGUUUACACAGACCCUGGAACCUUUCACACUGCUGUCCUAGGACCUCACAUGCCUGGAAAUGGUUUCUCAAACAGGACAAUGUUCAAUCAAUCCACUGGGAUUAUUCAUGGUGGUCUGAUUUACGGAAAUAUUCCGAACUCUGCAUACUCACCCAUGGUGAUGACAGUUCAUAACAAUUCUGCAGGGCCCUGUAAUAUAAGGCAGGACCCUUGUAUGAAAGUAGAUGCCACCAUCCCUGCCUACUGCCAUUCUUUGCCCAUUCCAUCUAUACAACUCGUUCCACGGUUGGUAUGCUCGGUCAGCGAGACAGGGAAAGAACAGGCAGCACCUGGCUAUUUUCAUUCCUCUUCUGCUUCAGACAUUCUGACAUACCCUAAGCUGGUGUCUUCAGUGAGUGAAUCGGGCCUGGAUGCCAAGAGAGUCCUGAAGUGCUGCGGCGUUCCUGGAGAACAACUGCAACAUGCUCAACACUGUGCUCAGCAGGAGAGAGCUCCUCCAGAAACGAAGGCUGCCUGUGUUGCCUUUAGUAGCCAGCAAGGUGCAGACAUGGUAACGGCAACUAAGGAUAUGUGGACUAUGACCUCUAUGAAUGAUUUAACCAAAGGGCUGAAACCAGCUCUUGAGCGUAGAGAUGCCGAGGUACAAACUCUUCCAAUCAUGGAAUGCAAAUCUGUGGCAACAAGCCCAGCAGCUGCAGCAGAAGGUCACUCGCAUGUGUUCCCAGAGGUGAACCUGGAGCAAGACUUGGAAGCCCCCAAAUCUCCAGUACGGGAAGUGAGGUGGGAUGAUGAAGGAAUGACAUGGGAAGUAUAUGGGGCAUCUGUGGAUCCAGAAGUCCUUGGAUUAGCCAUUCAAAAACAUCUCGAGAUUCAAAUAGAACAAUUCCAGACAGAGCCUACUGAGCUGGCUGGGAAAAGCCAUGAGGAGCCCUCUUCUGAUAAAAUGGGGAAAAAAAGGCCGUUCAGAACAAUGAUGCAUUCCCUGAGAUAUCCGAGCUGUUGUGCUCGUUCCAGUACUGCAGUGGAGUGAGCACAGCUGUAGGACAGCUGUAGGACAGCUGUGCUGCUUUUAAAGUGUAAAUAAACGCCGACUUGUAUGUGUUAACACAAUACAUGUGGAUAAUCCACUUCUGGAUAUGUGGGAAAAAGUCAGUGACCAUCAAAUACACAUCAAAUCAAGGAAAAACCCGUGCUUGGGCCAUAUAACAGAGAACGUAAGGUUGUACCUACAUCAUGCCAUCUGAAUGCUCCUGACUGUAUAUAAUGUAGCACUGUUUUAUUCUUUUAUGUUAGUUUUAAAUCAUAUUGUAAGGAAUGAGACUUCUUUUCUAAAUGAUGCAUCUUUUUAAAAUAAUGGAGAUUUUUUUCUGUAUUUUAAUAAUUUAGGGUUAGAAAACAAAGUUAGAAAAUGAUGCUUUAAUCAGAGUCCUUAGCUUUCAAUCCUACUCCCUUAAAUUGUUUUGGGAACUACUUUGCUGUUAAUUUAUAAUAAUGCUGACUAUAAACCCACCUUAGCAGUAGACAAACUGGCAAGCUAGUGUAAUGCUCUAUGACAAAGAGUUGUAACUUUUGCUACAUAACUCUGUGAAGUAAUUUUGAUAUUGCUAGUCUGAACUCUUCCCUUUGCAAGAUGAUGUACAGUUGGAGGAUGCUCCUGCAACUUUGGAAUUAGUUUGUAGUUACAGUGAAUUACACUCUAAAUAUCCAGAACUGAUGUUUACCAAGUGAUUGACACCAAUGUACAGUAUUACCAAAGAUGACUCGUGUAAUGUGAAUUACUUCUUGAACGCCUGUUUGUUAGAGCCAUGAAACACAAGCUGUUCAGAUCAGUCUGUCGCACUGUCAUACCCUACAAAUCAGGAGCGGUUUUGUUUUGCUUAUAUUAAAAGUGAUUUCCAGUGA